UUGCUUUCCCCUCUUAUUAGGAAUCAAGGUCAAGUCUGCAUGGCAUAUUGACAUGGAAAACUGCAUCAGUUGCAUGGUCGUGGAUGCACCCCCAUGCCUUUGCUGCACUUCUACCUGCCAAAGGAAUAGACGCGAAACCUGGCCACGUGUGGAGGCUGAUACCCGAUACGUCUCGAGAGUUUAUGUACAGCUAUAAGUAUGUUCCACCUCCCCCAUCAGGAUCCAUAGAAGAGCUUCUCUACUCCUUGUUGUCUCUCUUUCACCCACAACCCUUCUUGGUGUCCAGGUAUGGACCUCGUGGGGCUGCUGCUGUACUGAGAGCCAAGUCCUUUGAUAGUCUAGAUAUCAUUUUCAGAUUGCAUGCAGAAUACCAGUUAAAUACCCCUCCCAGAAGACCGCUGUGGUUCACCCCAGCUGCUUUUAUGGGCAGGCUGGUUAUCAACAUGACAGAUUACAGUGUCCAGCAUUUUGUCAUGGAUGUUCCCACUCAACAGCAGCUGAAUGUGGAUCUAGAGUGGCUUAUAGGACCCAACGAGGAUGAAGACAUGGAAGUGACAAUAACUCACCUUGAACAAAUGCGUCUAUCAGCAGAGGGCUUGUCUGACCCAGGGAGCCUCAUGUGGUCCCAAGAAAUCACUUAUGAAAAAGCUCACAACCUGCUACAAAAGGAGCUUUAUAGAUAUAAGCAAGUUGAGUACCACAACUUUACUAAAGCUUUCGUCAAGGGUAGUAAGGAACACCGCCCUGUACACACACUUGUGUUGUGGGGUGUUUUAGAGGACCAGUCAUGCUGAGGGUCGGGCAGGGCACUGCGGGAGGGUCCUCUGGCCUCUCCUGUGGUGCAAGCCAUACUUCAGGACAGCUUUGUCUCCUCAUGGGCACUAGUCACUGAGUUAGAAGCGUACAGUCAUGAUGAGUCCCUGGCUGGUAUUUCUAGGGCAGCUGGUCAGGCACUCGAUGCGUACGUUUUCCCUGUUCAAGUGCUGAUUCAGCAUCCUUCAGGGUUUGUCAUUGCAGCCAUAAAUGCCAACGAACUUCUGGAAGCCGAGCUCAAUGAUACUAUGGUUUCUGAAGGUUUUUAUGAUCCAGCAGUCUAUACUUAUUACAAGUUCUUAGAGGAGGGGCUUCAGGAGUUCCGGGAGAUGUUUCAAGAAUAGGUGACCAUGUAAGGUUGCGUGAAAUUCUGCUCGAUGAUUUUUUUUUUAAUGAAAUGCAAUUGACAUGUGGAAAUUUUUAUAAUUGAAGUACAUGUUGCCUUUAACAUAGCAGACCUAGGUGUUACAGACAUUGGAUAAGAUAUCCAAGUGCCUGAAAGUACAGUAAUUUAAGCAGUCUAUCCAGAUAGUAAAAUUUUGUAUGCAUUAUAGAACCCUGCCUUAUGAAGAUGUUUAUUAUUGUAUCUCACUGUAUACCAGUGAUUGGAAAAUGGUCUAUAAUCAUCUACUUUCAUUGAAAUUGGGAUAAAUUUUUGGUGUUAAGCUGAAUGCAACAUGUUCAGCUAUCAUUGUUGCUUUUGUGUGUUUAUCAUCACCAAUCUGUCAUUUGUCAAAAAAGUAUCGUCAUCAACUUGUCAUGGUAUUUCACCAACCUACCAGGUGCCUUUUCACAUCUUUAAUUGAAAAACUGAUUAUAGUUAUAUUAAAAACUAUUAAUAUAAUGCAAUAUAACUUCAGGAAGAAGUCUUGGUAAUAGAAAGAAAUGGGUGACUCAGAGCAUAUUUAUAAAUAUACAAUAUAAAAAAUUCCUGAUUCUUUGAACCAUCAUUAUUCAUGGACAAACGUUUGUUACCUUAUGGCUGUUAUGUUAAGUUAGACAGUACAUUUUGCGAACAUGUUAUUUUUCUGAUUUGAAAUCUAUCCGGUGAUAUUUGUAAGCUAAUAUAGAAUGUAAAAAUAUUUGAGCAUACCAUGACGUAGAGUUAGGCUUUGAUUGUACUGUGAUAAAAUGAAAAGGUCUCGAAUGGGAAAGUUCAGUUAAGUUUUGAAUUAUUUGGUGAGUACCUGAAGACAUGUUAUUUUUAGAAAUGCAUUGUUCUGAGGUACUUGGAAGUGAUGAUGAUAAUGGUGAUAAUUAUGUAGAGAGUGUGGACUAUACUGUGAUUUGUGUGGAGAACCUGGAUUCUGGUCAACCUUGGGUUAGAUAUGAUUAUAGCAUGCUGGUAAUUUCUCAAGAAGAAGAAUCACAGAAAUUGUAUAUUCUUUGUGUAUGUAUGUAACUUAUCAUUAAUGAUCAUUUGUCUCUGUAACAGUGGAUAUUCUUUAUACAUGUCAUGGUGGCUUAAAUGUUUCCACUGACAUCAAAGGGGAUAUUGCCUUGCUCCUGUCGGAAUUAGCAGCAAAGGGUAUUAAUUAAAAUGUAUUGUAAUAUGAAACAAUUUUUUUUUUUAGGAAACCAUCCUUAAGAGUGGGGGGUUGAGAGGUCAAAUUGAUAAAUAUUGAUAAUAAUUAGACAUUCCACAUCUAAAUGUGUGUGGGUUUGGUCAUGGAUGGCAUUUUCUUUACAUUUUCAUAAGCUUCCUAAAAGGUAUGAACAAUAAUGGAUUGGAUAAAAACUUUGACAGGAUUGGUAUAGAUCAGUAAGAAACUGCAUUAAUUUCACUCUCAAAUGCUGUUUUAUUGCAUGAAUAUGUGCAGAUUGGUUUCCAAGUUACAACAGAUGCAAAAAAGUAACCCCUUUGAAAAGUAACAAAAUCCAAAAUUUCAGGAACAUUACAUAAAUGCAGUUAUGGCUUUUCUUGGAUCACUUGUAUCAGUGUAUAUGUGCAUGUGUUUACAUAUGCACAAAUAUCAAUGUGGAUGUGCAUGUGCACAUGCAUAUAUAUGUUUACACUAUGU